AUGUCAGAAUUGAGAUUUGAUAACAAAGUUGUCGUUGUGACAGGUGCAGGUGGUGGUCUAGGAAGACAGUACGCGUUAGAGUUUGGUAAGAGAGGUGCCAAAGUUGUCGUUAAUGACUUGGGCGGUUCAUUGAAAGGUGACGGAACUUCUUCAAAAGCUGCAGAUGUCGUGGUCGAUGAAAUCAAGAAAGCUGGUGGUCAAGCUGUGGCCAAUUAUGAUUCAGUUGAAUUUGGUGACAAGAUCAUCAAGACCGCCGUGGAGGCGUUCGGUACUGUUCAUGUUGUGAUCAAUAACGCUGGUAUCCUAAGAGAUUCUUCUUUCAAGAAUAUGAGUGAAAAAGACUUCAAAUUGGUGUACGAUGUUCAUUUAAAUGGUGCAUACAAAUUGACAAGAGCUGCAUGGCCUUAUUUCAGAAAGCAAAAAUAUGGUAGAAUCAUCAAUACUGCUUCUCCAGCUGGGUUAUAUGGUAACUUUGGUCAAGCUAACUAUUCAGCUGCUAAAUCUGCAUUGGUUGGGUUUGGUGAGACUUUAGCUAAGGAAGGUGUCAAAUAUAAUAUUCAUGCAAACAUCAUUGCACCAUUGGCUAGAUCUAGAAUGACUGAAGAUGUCUUGCCAAAACCAAUGUUGGAGGCUUUAGACCCAAUUAGAGUUGUUCCAUUAGUUGUCUAUUUAACUCAUGAAGAUUCAAAGGCAUCAAAUCAAAUCUUUGAAGUUGCUGCUGGUUAUUACGGUCAAGUUCGUUGGCAAAGAUCUUCAGGUAUCUUACUAAGAUUGGAUGAUACCUAUACCCCAGAAGCUAUUUUAAACCAAUGGAAUGGUAUUUUUGAAUUUGAGGAUAAACCUUUCAAUAAAGUUACAUAUCCAAGUCAUGUCAGUGAUUUCAUGACCUUGAUUGAAUCUCAAAAAUCACAACCUCCAAACAAACAAUCUAAAGAAAAAGUUUCAUUAAAGGGUAAAGUUGUGAUUAUCUCAGGUGCAGGUGCUGGUCUUGGUCGUUCACAUGCUCUUACAUUUGCCAAAGCCGGUGCAAAAGUUGUUGUUAAUGAUUUCAAAAAUCCAGAUGACGUUGUCAAUGAAAUUAAAAAAGCUGGUGGUGAAGCUGUUGGUUCUAAGGCGAACGUGGUUACAGAAGCAGAUCAAAUUGUUAAGACAGCAUUAGAUACUUAUGGUCGCAUUGAUAUAUUAGUUAACAAUGCUGGUAUUUUGAGAGAUCGUUCAUUCGGUAAAAUGACUGAUGAUGAAUGGUUUUCAGUUCAAGAUGUUCAUGUCAUGGGUACCUAUAGAUUAACUAAAUUAGUUUGGCCAAUUUUUUUGAAACAAAAAUCUGGUAACGUCAUCAAUACCACUUCAACCACUGGUAUCUAUGGUAAUUUUGGACAAGCAAACUACUCUGCUGCUAAAUCAGCCAUGUUGGGGUUUUCAAAGACUUUAGCUCAAGAGGGUUUGAAAUACAAUAUUAGAGUCAAUGUUAUUGCACCACAUGCUGAAACUGCAAUGACUGCAACAAGUUUCAAAGAGAAUGAAUUUAACAAGUUUGAUCCAUCACAAGUUUCUCCAUUUUAUGUUGUGUUGGCCUCUGAUCAUGUUAAAACCACAGGUGAAACAUUUGAAGUUGGUGCUGGUUGGAUUGGUAAUACAAGAUUUCAAAGAUCUUGGGGUGCAUUAUCAAAAGACAAGAAUCCUUCAGCAGAAUUUGUUAGAGAUCAUUUCAAUGAAAUCACUGAUUUUACAAAGUUCCAGUUAAUCAAAAGUCCAAAAGAAUCAUAUUUGGGUAUCUUUGAAAGAGUUGGUGCUGAGGAUGAAAAGGAUGAAGAUGAAGAUGAGGAUGAGGAAGAUACUGAGGUCUUUAAAUAUACUGAUCGUGAUGCAAUUUUGUAUAACUUGGGUCUUGGUGCUAAUGCCAAGGAACUAAAAUAUGUUUAUGAACAGCAUCCAGAUUUCCAAGUGUUACCAACUUAUGGUGUCAUCCCGUGUAUGAGUACUAAUAGUCUUGAUUACUCAGGAUUGUUGAAAAAUUUUGACUAUAAUUAUUUAUUACAUGGUGAACAAUAUUUGAAGAUCAAUAAAUUUCCUAUUCCAACUGCUGCUGACUUGAAAACAGAAGCAUUCCCAAUUGCUGUUUUGAACAAAGGUAAAAAGGCCGCUAUUGUUGUUGCUGGGUUCAAAACUUUUGAUAAGAAUACUGGAGAGCAAAUUUUCUACAAUGAAUUCACUUCCUUCAUAAGAAAAGCUCAAGCUGCUAAAGAACCUAAAGUUUAUAAAGAUAGAAAUAGCUUUGCUACUGCUGCAAACACCAUUCCAUCAAGAGAACCGGAUUUUGAAACUACAGUGAAGACUUCUCCAGAUCAAGCUGCUAUCUAUAGACUUUCUGGUGACUAUAAUCCAUUACACAUUGAUCCAAAAGUUGGUACGAAGGCUGGUUUCCCUCAACCAAUUUUACAUGGUUUGGCUUCAUUUGGUAUCAGUGCUAAACAAUUGUACGAAAAGUUUGGUAUGUAUGGUGAAAUUAAAGCUCGUUUCACAAAUGUUGUUUUCCCAGGUGAACAUCUAAAGGUUAGAGCCUGGAAAGAAGGUAACAAGGUCACUUUCCAAACUUUGUCUGUUGAAAGAAAUGUUGUUGUUAUCAAUAAUGCUGCUAUCAAUUUAGUUGGUGAUAAAUCAAAAUUAUGA